AUGGAGAGCGGGUCGGAGGAUGAGGAGAGCGUCGUGUUCCUGCGCGAGGAGCUGCGCAAGAAGACGCAGGAGCUCAAGCAGAUGCAGGACGAGUUCGACGAGUACACGCAGUCCAGCCACGAGCUGGAGCAGGAGCUGGAGCAGGAGCUGUCCCGCGUGGAGAAGCGCAACUCCCACCUGCUCAACAAGAACCAGUACCUCGACCGCGACCUGCAGCUCGCGCGCAGCAAGCUUGAGGAGGCGCUGGACCAGACGCGCAAGUUCGAGGACGAGCUGCAGGCCACGCGCGCGGAGCUGGAAGCCUCUACAGCGGCCUGUCGCAAGCUGGAGCAGCAGCAGGAUGACCUGGAGACGCAGGUGCGCGUCCUGCAGGCCACAGAGUCUGACCUGCGCCACAAGAUGGAGCGCGAGAUGGAGGAGAAGGUGUUCCUGCUCAGCGACCAGGAGGAGCUGCAGCGUGAGCACGAGCUCGCUACGGAGCGCUUCCGCACCGAGAUCAUGGACCUCAAGUCGGAGCUGUACGCGCUACAGCAAAAGUACGAGGACGCGACGGUGGCGUCGGACACGUUCUCAGGGAACGACAGCAUGGCCACGACGCGGAGCCAGUCGGAGGAAGAUGACGACGAUUACGACUCGACCUACAACGAGAACUCGCUUCGUCACUCAACGGCGCACGAGCGCGACGAGAUUAGUCGUGAGGUGCUGAUUGAGUCGCUGCGUGAGGAGAUUGAAGCUCUGUCUUCGCGUGUGCAGGACGAGACGGACGCCCGAGCAGCCGCUGAGGCCGAGGCCCAGCAGCUCCGCGAUAGUCUUGCUCACAUGGAGGCGAUGGAGGCUGAGAUGACGGAGAUGACGGACGAACUGAUUGAGAAGUCCCAGGAUAUUCGUACUCGCGACGAGCAAAUCGAAGAGCUGCGCGAGUCUCUGCUGAAGCUGCAAUCCGAGAUGGCUACAGUCAACGACGGAGGCAUCGAGCUUACAACUGAACGCGAGAAUAUGCGCAGCGAGCUGGAGGAGAAGGAGAAGGAAAUGAGUACUUUGAAGGAGGAGCUGGAAACGGUGAGGGCGCAGUGUGAUGAUUUGACUGAGAGUGAACGCCAGCUGAAGGCCCAGUUGGAGCAAGGCGGCGAGGCUGUUGACGAAUUGAAGGAUCAAAUCGAGACUCUGACGAGAAACCUCGAGGAAAGCAAGCAGGAACGCCGGGAGCUAGAAAGCAAGCUGCAAUUUGGCAAGGGCGAAAUAUCUCAAAACCGCAGAGAAGUGGAGGAGCUGCAUAGCUUGAACUUAGAUCUCCAGAAGCAACUGGAUGAAGCGACCAAGAGGACCUCAGAGCUCGAGCGAGCUUCUGCAGUAUCGACAGCCUCCACUGUGUCGUCAGUUUCUGACAAGGAAAUGGCUGAGUCAAAGCGUCUAAUGAUGGAAAUUCAGACUAUGCGAACGUCAUUGAACUCUCUUUCGGCAGAGAACGCGAGGCUGAGAAACCAAGAAGGAAUGGCAUCAAGUGUCGUACCCGCUAAGCGCGUUUCAGCUGACGUGCUGCAAGUCAACUUCACGCCCGAGCAGCUUGCCCGGAAGUAUCUCGCCGAACGAACUCGUAACGCGUCAUUGCUCUCCCGACUUCAAACCGUUUGUGGUAACAUUCAAGUGUUCUGCCGUGUGCGACCAGUCAUUAACGAAGAGCUGGAAAAAUCGUGGGGAUCGAAGAUGGCAGUUAACGUGGUGAAUCAGUCGGACUUGGCCGCUAUGGAUAUCCGUCCCGAUCGUUCGUUUUCUAGCGAUUCGGACGGGCAAAUCGUCAGCAAUGGCAACUUGGAGGCCUUGGCCAACAACAGUUCAUGGAAAGUGUUCACGUUUGAUCGAAUUCUGGGCCCAGAAGAAACACAAAACGACGUUUUCCGCGAAGUGGAGCCUAUUGCACAGUCUGUUGUAGAUGGCUUCAAGGCAUGCAUUUUUGCGUACGGACAAACCGGUUCGGGUAAAACAUACACUAUGGAAGGAACUCCAAGCGAUCCGGGUCUGAACUAUCGGAUUAUCAGCCAUCUCUUCCAGUCGGUCCAACUGCGCGGCGCAAUUUAUACACCUGAACCCGAGAACAACGAGGACCGCGACGAUGAAAUGAACGGGCUGCAUACCGCUACCGACUCGUCUGUUUACCACGUACAGGUGGGAGUUCUGGAAAUCUACAACGACUCAUUGCGCGAUUUGAUUAACACGACCAACCCGAAAGCUCUGGAAAUUCGCCACGAUUCGUCGACUGGAGAUAUCUGCGUUCCUGAUUUAACGAUGGCGACUGUGUCUUCUCCUCAGCAGACAAUUGAUGUCUUACGCAACGCCCAAACCAAUCGCGUCACUGGUAAAACUAACUCAAACCAGCACAGCAGUCGAUCGCACAGCAUUGUCAUCGUGCAAAUAUCGAAGCGCCGGCCUGAGGGUGAUGCCGGUGACAAGGACUCGGCAGACACUGAGGUUGACGAAGAGGGCUGCGGCAAGCUCUACCUUGUGGAUCUAGCCGGUUCGGAGCGUGUGAAGAAGAGCAACGUUAGCGGUGCUAUGCUUCGCGAAGCGGCUCACAUCAACAAGUCGCUUUCGGCGCUUGCCGAUGUGAUGGAGGCACUGGAUAAGAAGAUGGCGCACGUGCCGUACCGUAACUCGAAACUCACGUAUUUGCUACAGGAUGUGUUGAACUCAUCGUGCAAGACGGUGAUGAUUGUAAACGUCGGUCCGACCAUCGAGAACGCCAGCGAGACUUUCCGAUCCCUUCAGCUGGCGGAGCGCGUACGCAAUAUCGUGGUCGGCAGGAACCAGAUUGUGAAGAACAAAAAGGAUAUACUGUCCGCGAAGAAGGCGUUUGCCGAGCUACAAUCCUUGAAGCAGCAGAUGCAAAUUUCGAAGAGGAAGUAUAUGCAGUCACAACAGUCUGUGGUUGCCCUGAAACGCGACCAGAAGAACCAGUCGGAAAAACAGUCGGCAGCGCUGCAGAGCCGGCUUAAGUCGUGGGAGACACAGAAUGAAAGCCUGAAGACACAAAACGAACUGCUCAAGCGACUCGUGGACGAUCUUAGUGGCCAGCUCAAGGCAGAACGUGAAACGAAGCAAAAAGAAGCAGAGCAGCGCGAAGCUGCCCAACGCUUGCUCCGACAGCAGAGCGCCAAGUCUCGUGUGUCCACGUCGCAGCAAGAGGCGCAGCAGAAAUUGCUGCUUGAACGGGAGGAGGAGAUCAAGAAGCUGCGCCAACUGCUUACAGAAGCUAGGAGGCGCAGCACUUCGUCACUUAUCCCUCGCUUGCCAGUAUCAUCGCCGCCUAUGAAGAAGUCGAAGAGCUCACGGCCAGCAUCUACACCGGGUAACAACCAGCAGGAAAAUGACAGUGCCAGCGGCGCAGUCCAGCAACUCCGCGAGCAAUGUGACCGGCACAGAGCCCAGCCCCCAGAGCAGUAA